GGAUGCUGGAUUUAGCCCCGCCGCCGCCGCCGCCGCCGCUGCUGCUUCUCAGGGGCUGCCAGAGCAUGGACUAUUAAAAUCUUGCAUUUCUGCAGUGUGAGGUAAUAUUUUGGAACCAAUAUGGGAAAGCAAAACAGCAAACUACGCCCCGAAGUCAUGCAAGAUUUGCUAGAAAGUACAGACUUUACAGAACAUGAGAUCCAGGAGUGGUACAAAGGCUUCUUGAGAGACUGUCCAAGUGGACAUUUAUCUAUGGAGGAGUUCAAAAAAAUAUAUGGGAACUUUUUCCCUUACGGGGACGCUUCUAAGUUUGCGGAGCACGUAUUCCGCACUUUUGACGCCAACGGAGACGGAACAAUAGAUUUCAGAGAAUUCAUCAUAGCCUUGAGCGUAACGUCGAGAGGUAAACUGGAGCAAAAGCUGAAGUGGGCAUUCAGCAUGUACGACCUCGACGGGAACGGCUACAUCAGUAAGUCAGAGAUGCUGGAAAUCGUGCAGGCAAUCUAUAAGAUGGUUUCUUCCGUAAUGAAGAUGCCGGAAGAUGAGUCGACACCAGAGAAGAGGACAGAGAAGAUCUUCCGUCAGAUGGACACCAACCGUGAUGGAAAGCUCUCUCUGGAAGAGUUCAUCCGAGGCGCCAAGAGUGAUCCCUCCAUAGUCCGUCUCCUGCAGUGUGAUCCCAGCAGCGCCGGGCAGUUCUGAACCCGUUCUUUGGAUGAAUUGUGUAUCUGCUUUUAUUUUCCUUGCCAAACAACAUUCAUGGUAGUGUUGCCUCUGUAUGGCCAAUUAUGCCUUCAUUUGUGGCAUCUUAUAGCUUCUUUUGUUGUGGAUUAAUUAUAAGAAUGCUGAAUUGCUCUUAACAAUUUGUCCAGGGCACGGGCAGUACUGUUUUAAACAGAUAUUGUGGUGUUAUCAUUGUUUUAAAGAUUUUGGUUUGUUUUUUAUUUGUUUUAAUGUGUCUGUUUUGGAAAGUACACGUUGAGAAGGAGUAAACCAACAGCAAAAGCCUUGGCAGCAAGAGACACUGACAGAUUUCAGACUGCUGCUUUACUAGCUAAGUAUUUACCCGCAGGACCUGCAAGUGUAGCAGAGGUCGAACAAAAGGGAUUGCGAUGGGUAGGGUGGGAUUCACCUGGGAUUCACCUCCUCAUCUGCCCAGGAGGCACCAGCUAAGGUCAGAGGCAGGAUUGGGAAGAAGUAUGAAAGCGCACAACGUGUGCGGGGCGUGCCAUCCGCACCCCUGCUCCUAUGCCUCGUCGUUUCAAUGCUGUGAACAUUUUCCAGGUUGUGAAGGAGAAGGGAAAAAAACAAUAGUCGACUUUUUUGGUUUCUUUACUAGGUUUACAGUGGCUGAUUUCACAUGGCUUUAUCUGAAAGUUCUGCAAUUUGAAAUCUUGAUCCCCAAAUCCACAACUGACAAUACCUCCUGCCGUUUGGGAUCAGCAAAAAACAGACACAGACGUGGAAAACUGGGUCUUGACAAUGAAUUUAAGGGAUAUACAUGUUGAAUGUGAAAUUUUCAGGUUAGUAAUAAAGCAGUUUCUACUAAGGAGAGUGAGCAUUCACGUGAGGAACUCACGGACACUGGCAAGCAGUUCCAGCUGAGGCACAUCUGCUGCUAUGAAUGCUCUUGCGUAGUAUGAAGUUCUGGGGGGUGUUUUUGUCUCUCUCCACGUAGCUAAUGGAGUUUCUGGGCCUGCUCUUAGGGGAAGGCUGUCGUCAAAACUUGUUUUAAGCGUAAAAUUGUAGCAUUUAUAUUUCAUUUAUUUUAGUAAAGUUCAAUAAUUCUGUACUGAAACGAGGAAAUGGUACGCUUUAUGGUAUAUUUAUAUAUAUAAAAAUUAAAACAAACAAAAAGAUCAGCUCUCGAGAGAAAUGUUGAAUGUUUAUCUUCUCGCCUAGAUGCAGGAGUUCUGAAAUUUGCUGCUGCAAAACUUUAUCUGCUGGUCAAAGUUGCCGUACGCAAAGCUAGUGCCCAUGCGUGGGAUUUCAUAGGGACUUGACAGGCACCGCUGCGACGGAAAAGCUUUAGCGACAGGAGGCAUUAUGCUGACUAAAUUGGCAUUAAUCUGUCAUUAGCUAAAGUCUGCUCUGUGAUCCUGUUGGAGAGGUACCCAUGUAGGCAGUGUACAGCACUGGGAAUUCGUGAGCUCGUUAGAGUAACCUUUGUCUGACAGGCAAGGUUGGCAUUUUGUCAAGUGACCUUGUAGAUGCUAAUCCCCAGUAGCCUUAAAUUAAAAUAAACUAAGUAAAAUAAAUCUGCUUUGCAGGUGAUGAUUAGCUAAGUACUAAUUAGAAGCCAUGAAUAAGUAGCCGAGCAUGAAUAACAUUCUGUUGAACACUAGUUACCAUGUACAAUAACUGAGGGAAAAAAAUCCUAGGCUUGCUUUUUCCAUUUUGUUUGCUUUGCCAGGUGUGAAGUGCAGAGCAUAUUAAAAUAGAACGAAAACAAAUUGAAAAUAACGUUGCUAGUCACUUGUAAGAAAAUUAUUAUGAGUGGCUAACUACACUCAAUAAAUGUCUUCAGACAGACACCUUCAAGUGAUCACAGAAAUGCAGUUGAUGGUAUGUUCUCAUUAUAUGAAUCAAAAUACCAAGCAGAGAUGUGUGUGGGAGAAUGAGAAAAUGUGGCUGAGGCCUAACCACAGGCAGAUUUCAAUGCCUAGAGCUUUUAGCUGCCACAAGCAUUCCUGGCAGAUUUUGCACCAGUUCCUCCUGUUGAUGGAAAUGUUCCCUAUCUCUUUCUCCCUGAUCUUCAUUAGACAUCCUGUGCACAAAUCUAACCCUUCAAAGGAGAGCCUGUGCCUACCUUCUUCCAGGUAAUUUUCUGCUUUACCUGGAGAGGUUCUGGCUCCCUCUCCUGCAUCCAUCACCUCGUGUCUAUUGAAAGCCACGUUCCCUCGUGAGCACUUUGAGGGCUGUUUUUUUGCCAGGACGAGCCUGGUCAGGCUGCUGGGGCUGCUGCAAGAAGGGCAGUGGAUGUGCACUGAUGGCCACCGGCACGGUCAGAGGGGAACAACCCCGUUCCCCUGCCCCAGCUGCUCCUGAGCUGCUCCAUCCCUGCCACAGGAACCCUGAUGAGCUUCUAACCCACUGACUCUGUGCAGGCACCUGAACCCAAAGCAGCCCAGACCUACAGAUGCUGGCAUUUACUGAAGGUGAACUUGGAUACAUACCUUCUACAGUUCCAUCUUCUUCAUGUUGUGAAAGCAGUUGCAUGUGGCUGAAACUCAUCAAACAUGGCCCUUUAUUUAAGCAACUGCAUCGCUUUUUAGUUUUGUAUUUGUGGCCCAAAACGUAAUGUCUCCGUUUGUUUUCACUCAGUAGUUUUGCAGCUUUGGAGCCAGACUUGCUUCACACGUUACUGCUAUACAACAUAUGUUUGAUGUGACCCCAGACCAGCAGAGGUGUAAUUCUACCCACAGUUCACAAAAUCUGCAAGAGUGAGAGUUAGCCUACAGAUGUAGAGAACGUAGCUGCAGAUGAGACUAUUGCAGAAACCUUAUGAGUGAACUGAGGUUAUUCUUCUGCCUAAGGGGUAUUCCCUUAAAUUAUUAACUAUCCCCCUCUUUCUCUGUCUCUACAUGUACUUUAAAAGUGAUCCAUAGCUACAGUUGUGGUGGGAGCAUCCACAGACCUCAGAUGAGCAGGAUGGCAGCAGUGUUGCCCGCUUAAAAUUGGUAGUUUCUGCUUUGCUGCCAUUCACGUUUGCAAUCAUAACAGCCUUCGUCAACCUUUUGAAGACAACAUGACCUAUCCCAUAUAAAAUAGCACAGCAAGCCAGACACUUUCAAGCAAUCAAUUACAAGUAUUUCCACACUGGAAGGUUGGCACAUACUAUUUCACCUCACCCCUCAACUUUGUACAUGCAUUCUCCAAUAUUAGUUGCAGGUGAAAGAGGUGAACUCCACUUGUAUGUUGUCCAAAAGAAUUGAUGAGCACAUCAUGCAUGUAGACUGAAUCCACGGAAAAUGCCAGUCCCGUUUGUCUGGCAUUCCCAGACAGCUUGCCAAACUGGGGGCCAGAAUAUGUGAAGUGAGGACUGUGGCUUGUGCAAUCUGCAGCAGCCUGUCUUUGGUUUAGGGUGCUUUGGGAAGGGAAAGGGGAACACAACCCUUUUAAAAGCAGCUUGUAUGUGUUUUUGUGAGCACUUGUGGUUUGAGGGGGACUGAAGAUCUAUGUUUCAAUGAAGAUCUAUUUGAAAUCCUGUGAGUUCACGGCAGUGGACGUUCCUGAGGUAUACAGAGCUGUUCCUCUUGCUGUUCUUAGGAGCCUGUGGAGUUUUUAUUUAUUGUUGGGGCAUUUUGUCCUUUGAUAUUCUCUGUUAUAAAGCAUGACCUCCACAUUUUCUAGACACUGCCUCUUAAACCAGUAAGUCAGAAGUGUGCAGCUUCUGUAGCUGGACAAGGCCUACAUGAAGAAGUAUGGCACACGAGUACAAGAAGUGGUCACAUGUGACCAGGUCACCAUGGUUUAAUAACUGCCCCUGGGGGCAGAACCCCGGGACUUAAGUGUGUGUUCUCUUCACUGGUGGCAAACGUGCAGUAAUGCAACUUAGUUUAAUUUUCUGUCACUGCAGACCGGGCUAAAUCGCAUUACCUUGCAUUUGCUGUGGUCUGGAAGCGCACAUAUGGGUAGAAACCUUGGCUCAGCUGACUCAUGGAAACUUGGUGAACUGUGGUAAUGAUGUUGAGCCCUAAUCCACAGACUUAGCUGAGGUGAAAAGGUGGCUCAGUACAUGUGAACUGGGGAACACGGUGAGAACUGGCAGGUCCCUGGGCACACGUGGAAGCAGGGAGGGAAUCUCCUGCCCCGAGCUCAGCUGUUUCCCUUCUUUUAAAACUCUGUCUUCUGUGGGUUUUUUUAGCAACACUGGUGAAGAUGCAGCAGAUAGCACAGUCAGGAUAAAGGAGGCAUCCUUCAAAAGAGUUUCCUUUUGAAGCCUCAUGUACAUGCAUCAGGUGAAACAAGCAGCACCUCCUCUUGUCUUUCUGAUGUGCUGCCUCAGUUUCCUGCCGAGGCAGUCCUUGGGCUCAGGAGUUAGGUGUCAGGUAACUCGUGCAAGAUCAGUGGAGAUGACUAUUUCACCUGUCCUCUGCACAAGCAUUUGGAUGCAUUCUUUGCACUGUGUCUUACUGGGGGUGGGAUCUCAUGUACGAGUUCUUGGAGGAGGAGUUGGUUUCCUUGGUAUCGUGAGCAGAACUUGUGCUUAGAAAUACAGAGAAACUUGGCAUGUGUCAGACAGCCAAGCAACACUCCGAACUGCAUGUGGAGUUUUCCAUUGACUGUGCAGUAGGGAGAUAAGAUAUAAAGCAGUGAUAUGUCAGACUUGUGGUGUGAUGUGCUCAGAGAUAGGACUAGGCCAGAAAUGUAACCUUUUAGCUGAGCAGUUGUGGCUGCUGCCUAUUGAGUCGGAGCUGCUAACAAAAUACACUUAAAUGUACAUGUGAAUGUGCAGCUGCAGGAGUAGAGCAGCUCUGCUCUUUCUUACGUACAAGCAACAGAGCUAUUCACUAUGCCCCAGUUAGGACUUGAACAAACAUCUCCCAGGAGCAGCAUAAGGCAUUUCCUAUAGUGUAUCUGAGGGCAAAACGUUGCCUGCAGGAGCUUCUUCCCAGUCAUGGUAGACAAGAAGGGAAGUCUCCAUCUGGCUGUCAAAGCGCAGGUGCCAUUUUGCAGGCUGGGGAAGCUGAGAGGAAGAGCUGUAUUUUAAGCAGAUGGAGGGAAAAAGCGGCAGGGCUCGUGACCUGGCAUGGAAGCAGUGAUGCUAAAGAUCAGGCCCAUUGCUGAGGAGCUGCAGAAGCCAUUAGAUGCCUUUGGCAUUCAGAGAAGAAGAACGAUCGGUAGGAAUCAAAGUCAAUCUCCUCAUCCCUUGCAGAAGCCUUGCCUGACUACCAUAGGUGUCUCAGUUAGCAGCACCCCUUAUUCCAGCCUGGCUUUGGCUGCUAUUGCUUCCAAGUCAUCCAUACUGAGGAGCUGUUUUGGGAUGGGGAUUUUCACAGGAUAAGAUAUAAAACUUUUCAGAUACACUCUCCAUACCUUAAUAAGUAACAGCUGGAAAAGCCAGAUGUGAGGGCUUCCUUGCAAUGUACAGAUUCGAUCUCCUCAUUGCUCCCACAGGCUGCAAGUGUCGUUUUAGUAUGUAUAGUUGAGAUAAAGCUAUCACAUGUAAAAUGCUGACUAAUGCACAAUAAACAGGGCAAAACAAAAAAGCUUGGGUUGUUGUAAACGAUGUGGAAAGACUAGAGGAAUGAAAAACUUUGAGAUAUCUUGCUGCCUUUAGAUCAGGAUCUGAAUUUGCAAAGCCAAACCCCAGUAGCAAUGGUCAGCACAGAGUAACUCCUCUGCACUGGCCCCAGCCAUGGGACCUCCUGGACUGCUUCAUGCCCACAUCACCAUGUGCUGAAGCUGGGGGCUCUGGGUCUUACCACAGACACGGCUAUAUGAGUUUAUUCAGCCUGCUGAGUGCUUCCCAGCUCUUGAAGCCACCCUCCCUGUUGUGUUCACUUACUGUGCAGCUGAGACAUGUCUUAGGUCUUUCCCUCUUGCCCUGACCUUACACCAAAGACGUUGUCAUCUCUCCAGGGCAGGCACUCAGGAUGUACAGCUCUCCACGGCUUUGUGCCCAACUCCCAGUGGCUAUCCCUGCCCUCUGUGUGAAUGAAUAACAAAUACCAGCCUCUGACUUCUGGAAGAGCCAGGCUUGAUGCACUUAGAUGGGACAGCUUCUGAUUUGGUUCCCAGCCUUUAGCUCUCCUGUGUGUACCUUGCCCACAACAUUAUUUAUUUCCUAUUAUUAAGUAACGGCAAUAUUAAACAUUUCAAGAACACACUGAACCUCUGGAACAAUGUGGUUUUCAUUGCCCUGUAUGUGUUUGUUGAUGCACUGCAGACUGAACCUGACUGGUGCUUGCUCUCUGUUCCGUUCCCAUGGUUAGUUCCACAGAGAGCUGAUUGCUGCCAGGCAGGAGUAGUAUCUUGCUAUGUGGCACCAUGCCACGUGCGGUGCCUGGAUGCUGCCUGGAGCACCCAGAUGCUCUGCACCAAGAGAUAAUUUUGGCACAGUAAUGUCAGGUGGAAACUCUUCCUGCCCUCUGCCAAAAACGUGUAUCGAGGGUGUGACCUCUGGUUUUCUCCUCUAUGGGGACAGGAGCUUCAGCAGUGUUCAGGGCUGGCCUCACGUUCCCCCACCGAACAGGAUGAUGGUGAUUAGUAAACCCACCUGAGAAAAUCCUCUUAACCUCUAAGCUUCGUUUGUGCUGUUGGCUGCACUCAGAGGGAAGAUUAACGGGUCCUAUGUGGUUGUUUGGGAGAGAACUCCCAGUUCCUUGCCACCACCACCUUUUUAUUUCCUGUCAUUAGCUUAUUCCCAUUUCCAGGGCAACCAAAUAGUUUUUAUGAGUAUCUGGGCAAAAAAAAAGAAACAGCAAAGCCAGUUUCAAUCUGAUAAGGAUAUAAUGCAGCUUACCUUGUGCUCCACGUUAUGAGUCCUCCACAAGAUCACGUUUCUUUGGUGUUUUGUGUUUAAUUUCCUUACUCGUAUUUUGGCUGUGUUCCGCAUUUAUUUAUUUUGGGUCCUCUUAGAUUCAUCUCUGCCAGUUGUUUCGCUCAUAUGCUAGCAAAGGCCCCAACCAUCCCAAAAGCAGAUCUCCGUGAGUAAUCCCUUGCGAGGUGUGUUCCCAGUGCCUGGUAAAGGCAAAGUGCUUAACUACAGUAGGGAUUAUUUUUUGUCUGCACAUUUGCUGUGAGGAGACAGAUUGAGCUGCAUUUCAACACGCUUAUCUCUACCACUUGCUCGCUUCAAUACCAUCAGAGCAGUCUUGUAGUUAGUAUUUGUAUCAGCUCUAUUUCGGACUUGAACCCGAGGUGACCAAUAUUGACCUCUUGUGACAGAAGUACUCGAUACCUUUUGAUCUUUGAGUACUGCCGAGUGAACGAUGUGACGGAUGCAAAAGUAAAUAGUACAUUGGUCUGUGUAAAUUUGAGCAGAUAUUUUUGAGGUUGUAGAGACUAAUAAAUUGAGAUAAACCAUGGGCAAAAGCUGAAUUUGAGGCAAUUUAUUCCAGUUUCUGUUGAAGCCUCUGGCCAUUCCACAGGGAGAGCUUUCUCACCCCUGUUCCCUCAGGCUGUUUCUACAUCGCAAUGUAGAGUACAGAUAACAAAUCUAGCUUUAAAUAAGCUACUACAGGCAGACCAACUGCAGCAGCAUGGAGUUCAGCAUAUCCUGUGUCUUGGCAAAAUUAGAUACCUCUCUAUAUGAAUGCUUUGUAAGCAAACCUACAUAUCCUAAGGAAGCCUUUUACAACUCAGAAAGGAGAGGGACAACUAUGAAUGAAAUUAAUUUGGUCCUCAUAUUUUUCUUGUGGCUGUCUAGAAUUGCUAGUGUCCCAUGUGUAGUUGCCUAUAGCUAUUGUGAUGUGUUAAUUUUUCUCCCUGGUUCUGUUGUAAGCUCAUCUGGUGAUAUUCUGAGUCUCCAGCCAGUUCUCAACCAGGCAAAGCCCACGGAAAGGACACUUGGAGGCAAGCUGCCUUCGAGAGGACUGAGGGCAGCUCUUGGGAUUUGCACCUGUGCUUUUGCAUGCUUUGGGAGCAUGUACCAACCUGCAGAGCAACGUGUUAAACCUACCCAGUAAAAUGAAAGUAGAUGAUGAGGCCACGGGAGGAGACAGAGAACUUGCUGGAGGGUUGUGAUUGUAUUUUGUGCUCCCCAGCACGCGCACUCUUCCCCCUGCUAUUAACUUCCAGUUAGGACCUUCCUUGAAUUCUUAGUGUCAGAAUAAAGGUUUUUUAUGCUGAUAAUGUAUUUGUAUUUGUAUUAUGCAACGUACUCAGAAAAAAACCCACCCAGAAUAUCGUUUAAUGAUUGCCCUCUCCUCUCAAGAAGCUGUUCUCUUCUGUACAUAUGAUAUGCAGAAUGUAUGGGAGUCUAGCCAGUGUUGGUUUGCAUUUUUAAGACUGUACUAAUUAAUGUGUGAUACUAUUGUGUUUCUGUAGUGGCAUUCUCGGUGUAAAAUGUAAAAACUAUUUAAAAUGAUCUCUUUUUCUGUUAUUGUUCAGCUCUUAGAGGUAGCACCAAGGACUGCAUGUUCACUAGAACCAACCUGUUUCAAGGGCCGUCGUAGCUGCGCACAGGCACUGGUGUUUCACCCAGAGCAUAGCACCCGCCUUCUCGUUUAUAUAGGGGUCAGUUUUGAGUGGAAACGAAUUCUUCCUGAGAAGUCUGGUUUUCUGUCUUCCCUUUCUGAGGCUCCAGCUUCACCCAGCUGCACUGUGUGCCAGUCCCAGCCCAGGAUGGGACCCGGGAGGAGGGUCCUGGAGCCAGGGCACCCCGCUGGCCCCCACGACCCCUCAGCUUGUCCACGGCCACACUUGGUUUCCUUGGCACUGCUGGCUAUACCCGGACAAAGCUGAGGAGGUCACAUUUGGGCAAGUGGUUUUAAAAUUAACUACGUAAGAUUUUGAGGAAUUAAGCAAUCAAGGAAAGGAAGAGCCCGAGUGGCACGUCUGAGGUCAGAGUUAUAUCGGGGUGCUUAAUACAGAGAGAAUUUGGGGUCAAUCCCUAAAAGACAGGACCAUUUGGAGAGCUUUGGUCUACAUUUCUUGUCUGGUUUGGAGAGGGAAGAGGAGCUCAGAUCCAGCCUUUCAGGCAGGGCUGACUUACUCGACAAAUUGAGUGUGAUACAGAUGCUUCUCCAGAUCGUGUCCUGCGCCAAAAGACAAGACAUGCUGCAGCUUAGGAAUUUUUUUUUUCUUCCAGUUUUUUCCUUUUUAAUAGGGAAAGCAGUUCAAACUGCACCUGGCAAAAUGACUGACUUCGAAAGCAUGUUUUUCCUUGUUAUAUAGACACUCACAAAACAGCAUUGUGUGGUUAAAAAGGUGAUAGUUUCUUUUUCAGUGCCAAAAUAUAUAAGCAGUAUUGUUUGAAGGGAAAUAAGACUUUUUUUUACCUUAUUGUUAUUACUGUUGAACAAAUAUUGUUUUUAAAUGUUAGAUUUUGAAGACUUUUGUAUUGUAAACUGUUUUGUGACAUGGUGCUUUUUCAUACUGGAAUUACUGAUUGCACCUAAAUAUGAAUUACUUUGUUUUCUUAUAUAAACGUAACCUUGAACAAUCUUGAUGAAAACCAAUGUAUGGUAGAUACCAAUGGUUCAAACAAAUUCUCCUACUGAAAUCCCCUAAAUGUUCUUUCCUACUAAUAAACAUUCUGCUGCAGCUGA